AUGAGCUCUGAUGAGAAUUACAACGUCUUCCGAGAAUGUCUCUCGAGCGCGAUCGUCGCACGAUCCGAGAAACCCAAGUCCGGCAAACGACGGCCCAAAGCCAAGCGCAAUGGUCGCAAAGAAGCGCCCUCAGACGAGCUGGACUCGGCACUCCCCGAGCGGGUCGAUCCCGAAGAACUCGUCGAGUUUGUGGAUUUCAUCGCCGCAGAGACAUUCGCUUCGUUCCCGGAACCACUCAAGACGUUGAGUUACGCUGCAAUUCAACAUGAUGCACACCUGGCCGCAUUGUAUGUCCCUGGCGAUGCCGAUACGCCUCUUGAUCGUGCCGUUCUGGACUCGCUUUGCUCGACGAUUCCCGGGACAGUGCCUGAUACGCUCUCGGCCUACGGGUUGAUGCCGAAUGCAAACGAUCUUUCCGAGUUUUUCUCCCCGAUUCUCAGCGAGUACGCGACCAGUGUGACCAGUGCGCCUCCGGUCUGGAGCACCACACGCACGGAGGCGUGCGAGAUCUGUGAUCGUGACUGGAUACCACUGUCAUAUCACCAUCUUAUUCCACGGUCUGUGCACGCAAAGGUGCUGAAGAGAGGAUGGCAUGAUGAGUGGACACUGAAUAGUGUCGCGUGGUUGUGUCGUGCGUGCCACAGCUUCGUACAUCGGAUGACGAGCAAUGAGGAGCUUGCUCGAGAGUAUUACACGGUCGAUCGGAUUUUGGAACGGGAAGAUGUACAGGACUGGGCCAAAUGGGUUAGUCGAGUGAGAUGGAAAGCCAAAUAA